CAAGCUAAUUGGAUAGUUGGCAAAUGUGGUGAAUUUCUUUUCACACUGUGCGCUUCACUCGAAGAAAAGUAAUUUUUCUUCUGCCAGGUUUUUCGCUGUCGUGUUUGCUGUAAAUUCAUAUUAAUUAUUAAAUCUGUUUGGAAUAAAAAUCCAUUUAGAUUAACAUCCCAGGCAGCAAAAUCACAACAGAACUUCGGUUAAACAUUCUCAAAUACAUCAAAUACACUACCACCACGCAAGAGCUUAAUUUAAUUUUUUUGAAGUAAAAAAAAGCAGUAAAAGAACAAGGAUGGGGAACGUUUUUGCGAAUCUUUUCAAAGGCCUCUUUGGCAAAAAAGAAAUGAGAAUACUUAUGGUCGGAUUAGAUGCCGCUGGUAAAACCACAAUUCUGUACAAACUCAAAUUAGGCGAAAUUGUAACAACGAUACCUACUAUUGGUUUCAACGUCGAGACUGUAGAAUACAAGAACAUUAGCUUUACAGUGUGGGAUGUGGGUGGCCAAGACAAAAUCCGACCAUUGUGGAGGCAUUACUUCCAAAAUACACAAGGUCUCAUAUUCGUCGUUGACAGCAACGAUAGAGAACGUAUUGGCGAAGCGAGAGAGGAAUUGAUGAGAAUGUUAGCUGAAGAUGAACUCAGAGAUGCUGUAUUACUUAUAUUCGCCAACAAACAGGAUCUGCCAAAUGCAAUGAACGCAGCCGAAAUCACUGACAAGCUUGGUCUGCACUCACUCAGAAACCGCAACUGGUACAUUCAAGCGACGUGUGCAACAAGCGGCGAUGGUCUAUACGAGGGUCUCGAUUGGUUGUCCAAUCAACUUAAGAACGCCAACCGCUAAGAUUGAAUUAAUGAAAAAAUAAAACAAAAAAAAAAUAUAUAAUAAUAAAUAAAAUAAAAUUAAAAAAACAAAAAAAGAAAACAAUUUAAAUUAACUUAAAAUCAACCAACAACAAAAUAAGAAACUUUUAAAUUUAUAUAUAUAUAUGUUAAAUGAAGAAAAAAAAAGGAAAAACACAAAGGAAGAAGUAAAAAAUAAUAAUAAUUUUCCUUUCGUACUAUACAAAUUUCGAGGAGAGAGAACAACAACAAAAAAAUAAAAAAUACACGACACGAAAAAUUUAACAACAAACAAAAAAACACAAUACCACACCAACAAUCCAAGCAGAAAAGUAUACCCGAAAUGGGAAUAAUUAUAAAUAUUUAUAAUUAUUUAUAAGUUUACCGGGCGGGACACCUAAUCAUUUAUAAUAAUUCUUAUUAAUACAAAAAAAUUAUAUUAUAUAUAGGAAAGCACCACGGAAAUCUAUCUAAAAAAAAAUAAAAUACUUCAACCAAUUACUCGCAAAAGAAGGAAGAUUUCCUUCUCUUCUUCUUGCGUGAAUUAAAUUUUAGCAUAAAGUUCUUAAUUACCUAUACACGUUUCGUUAUAUAUAUAAAAAAAAAAAAGGCAUGAAACGAACGAAAUUUGUUGCCUCUUCUUUCUCUACUCAACAAAUUCACCCGAUGACGGCGACGACGCGACAUUGUGUUUCUCCUACUUCGAAAAGAAUGAAAAAACAAAAAUGCAAAAAAAAAAAUAAAUUAUAGAUAGUAAUGUUGUCCAACUCAGUUUUAAUUUUAUUAUGAUUUUAUAAAUAAAGAUAAAUUACAAAACGAAACAAAACAAAUUAUUUAUUCGUGAACUUAUAACCUAAAAAACUAAAAACAUAUAAACAUAAAUAUAAACGACGACAUAGAUAUUUCUGCAAUAAAAAAAAUGAGAAUUAUAAUAUUCUUAAAACUCUCCGCUGA